CCUGCAACCAGCAGGGAUUCAGUUCAAAUGGGCGGCGUUUCACGCGCUAAAGAUCUAACGCAGCGGGUGAAGUCCUGUUUUUUCCUGUCGGUCGGUGCGAUGCAAACUUGAGUACCAUGACUGUUUUGAUGUGUUAUUAUAAUUGCAUGUCAUGGUGGCUGUAUCCGGAGCAGUGAGGAUCGCCUUUUGGUGACUACCCGGCCUGCCGUCCUGAGCGCUGUCUGCAGCGUGUCGAUGCCUUGGCUGAGAUGAGUGUGAAGGCUUUUGAGCUUGUCCCUGCUGUGGAGCGAGACCACCUCAUGGGCGACAAAGCUCGCAUCAACAUCGAGUGCAUUGAAUGCUGUGGAAAACAUUUGUAUGUGGGCACCAAUGACUGCUUUAUCCACCACUUUCUGCUGGAUGAGGUCACUUCAUCCAAAGGGAAGCUGAGUUACUCAGCUCAGAAGCUGCUACACAAAUACCUUGGCCUCAAGAAACCAGUUGCUGAGCUGCGAGCUGCUUCUGCUUUGGAGCGUCUGAUAGUGCUUUGUGAUGGAAUAGUGUUUCUUGUUGACAUGGUGACGCUGGAGACUGUGCCCUUGGCGGCAGGGGGUGGAGUCAAGAUCAGAGGCGUGACUGCGUUCUGCGUGAAUGAGAACCCUGUGAACGGGGAUCCGUUUUGUGUGGAAAUUGGGGUACUUUCUUCCAAGAGGCGGACAGUUCAGGUUUACAUGGUAUACGAGGACAGAGUGCAGCUGGUCAAAGAAGUGAACACUCUAGAGCAGCCCUGUGCUGUCAGUCUUGAUGGCUACUUCCUGUGCCUCGCCCUCACUACACAGUACAUGAUCCUGAACUACAACACAGGAAGCUCACAAGACCUUUUCCCUUACAAUAAUGAGGAGAGGAGACCCAUUGUCAAGAGGAUCAGCAGGGAGGAGUUCCUCCUUGCAGCACCAGGUGGUCUGGGAAUGUUUGCCAAUGCGGAGGGAGUAUCCCAGCGGGCUCCGGUCAACUGGUCAGAGAGCGUGAUUGCUGCUGCUGUGUCUUUUCCAUAUGUUGUGGCUUUGGAUGAGAACUUCAUCACCAUCCACAGCAUGUUGGACCAACAACUAAAACAGACGCUUUCAUUUAGGGAUGGACACAUUUUGCAAGACUUCGAAGGGAAAGUCAUGCUAGCUUCCACUAAGGCUGUGUACGUCCUUGUACCGCUGCCACUGGAGAGACAGAUUCAAGACUUGCUGGCCAGUCGCAGAGUGGAGGAGGCCCUCAUCCUCACAGAGGGAGCACAGAGAAAUAUUCCCAAAGACAAAUUCCAGAUUUUGCACAAAAGGAUCCUCCAGCAGGCCGGUUUCAUACAGUUUGGACAGCUUCAGUUUCUGGAAGCUAAAGAACACUUCAGGAAGGGUCAGCUGGAUGUGCGGGAGCUGAUAUCUCUCUACCCACUACUGCUACCAGCUUCCUCCUCGUUCACGCGCUGCCACCCUCCUCUCCACGAGUUUGCAGAUCUCAACCAUUUGGCACAGGGGGAUCAGGAAAAAGUGCUACGAUGCAAAAAAUUCCUUAUCAGUUAUUUGGGAGAGGUACGGAGCACAGAGGUGGUGAAUGGCUGCAGAGAGGAUGUGGACACGGCACUGUUAAAGCUCUAUGCUGAACAGGAUCAUGAGAGCCUUUUAGACCUCCUCGCUUCAGAGAAUGCCUGUGUGUUAGCAGACAGCGUCCCGUGGCUGGAGAAAUAUCACAAAUAUUUUGCACUUGGGCUGCUGUACCAUUACAACGCGCAGGAUUCGGCAGCACUUCAGUUGUGGAUCCGUGUGGCGGAUGGGGAUCUGCGGGACUCGACACGAUCUGACCUUUUCGAGUACAUUGUAGACUUUCUGUGUUCCUCCUCCAGUCUGGACCUCGUGUGGAAGUAUGCAGACUGGGCCUUGCGGAAGGAUCCCACCAUAGGUGUCCACAUCUUUACAAAGAGGCCCUCCAGUAUAGAUCGGUCAGAGCUGAACCCAAAUGAUGUCAUCACAUACCUGGGAAAACAUAACCAGGCACUGCUUCUCUACUUGGAACACCUUGUGCUGGAGAAGAAAAUGCAGAAGGAGAAGUUCCACACACACCUGGCUGUGUUGUACCUGGAGAGGGUCUUGUCAUUGCUGUCGAAGUCACCAACAGAUGGGGAGAAGCUGACCAAAGCCAGAGAAAGGCUACAAGCCUUGCUCAGGGAGUCCACCUUAUACCGUGCACAGUUUCUUUUAGGUAAAAUGGAAAACUGUGACCAGCUGCUGCUUGAGCGUGCAACACUACACGGAAAGUUGGAGGAACAUGACAAAGCACUGCACAUACUGGUGCACAAGCUCAGAGACUUCCCGUCCGCUGAGGCCUUCUGCGUAUGGGCGUCCUCCAGUCGAGAUUCUGCUUAUCGACAGCAGCUCUUUCACCUGCUCUUGGGGGUGUAUCUUGAUGGAAACCCUCCAGGAAAAGCUCACACAGCGGCAGCAGACGACGGCAGCAGCUGUGAGCUGGAAAUGGCGGCUGUGGAUCUCUUAAAUCGACACGGCGAGGUGUUUGAUGCUGUCCGCGUCCUACGAAUGCUCCCUGAAGGCUGGUCGUUACAGCUGCUGCGGCCGUUUCUGAAUCGUGCCAUCAGAGCCAGCAUGCACGCCAACCGCACCUCCCAGAUCACUCUGGGGCUCGCACACUCUGAAAACGUUCAGAUGCUGCAUGACAGGUUGAAAGAGCGUAAGAAGCCCAUCUUUGUGUCAGAAAAGAAGGGAUGCCACCUGUGCCACAACACCUUCAGUGAUCCGGCCGUGGUGUGUCUGCCGGGAGGAGUGCCUGUCCACACUCACUGUGUCGCACAGAGAGUUAGAGACUCUCCCACAAAGAGACAGUUGACUAAUAGCAGUAACCAUACGUGAAACGAGACCUUUCAUACUAUUUUCUGAUCUGUGACCAGAGGCAUCAAGCCACAAGAGGACGCUGUCGACUGUGGGGAGAACGAGAAGCACAGGACAUCUUUUUUUUUUUUUUUUUUUUUUUUUUUUCUCCACAGCUGGAUCUGCUGUGGAGUUACGAGACUCAAAGAAAGCUGGUCUCGAUGAAUGUGUCUGAGAGAGAAACGGAUUAUUUCAGCUAUUUAUUCAUGUGCUGCAAUUAUGUCACAUUUUCAGACUUGAAGUUUUGAGCUCAGUUGAGUUUUGUGCCCGUCCUGUCUUUGCUCUCAUGGUUGUAAACCUAAAUCUGAGACACUGUUUUAACUACAGAACAAACAAUGUCUGAAUCUUGUUACAAUUAUUUCUGAAGCAUGAAAUAAUACUAAAUCUCCUACGGUUCUGCUCUGAUCAACUCAUUGUAUCCAUACUGUCCUAAAAUGCACAUCGCAGUGUUAGGGUUUCAUUUGAAAUAUGACAGAUUUAUCCGUGCUGAUUCUGUGUGUCUUUUACACUCUUCUGAUCUGGUCUCAUUGCAGCUGCUUUGUCCCUUCAGCCAUAAGUUCAGUAUUUGUAUGUCAGUUGCUGACUUACAAGCAACAUUUUUAUCAAAAUCCAUUAGAUUUAGAAUGUUUUCAGAGUUGGAAACUUAUCGCCUUUAUCAUGUAUGAAUCUAUGUCUUGCUGAUUUAUAUGUAAAUGCAGUUUAAGGGAUGCAGCUCAGACCAGUUAAUUAAAUCAUCUUUAUAUUAUCUGUAAAUGUCUUGGGGAAACAUGACAGAAAACAAACCUUGCACAUUUCAUCUGGCCUUUGAGGCUUUUUCAACUUCUAUUUUCAGCUGCUGUUUGUUUUGGGGGUUUUUUUGUGGCCAGAGUACGUACAGUACAGUUCGGUGACAAAACGGUAUACAACACAACUGAAAGCACCCCUAUGGAAAAUGAGUAAAAUUGAAAAACACAGUUUAAUGUUGAAAUAAUUACAUAAGUCUUGAGUUGAGUUUAGGGAUAUUUGAGUUUUAUAAUUGCUGAUGGAAUCCAGUGAUCUGAAACUCUAAACUUCAAUGCAACAAGUGUUUUACCUUCAAGUAAGACCUGUUAACAAUAUUCAAAGUCUUGUUCUAAUUCUAUCUGAUGGCUUUAUGUUUUUAGGAACAAUUUUAACAAUUAAGAAAGCAGAUUUUGAGAUUAUAAAAGAGCACCAGUAGUUCCUAGACAGUUGGUGAAACAGCCCAAGCAGUGUAAUGAUGCUCAAAAGGAGCCUUACCAAUAACUGAAUAUAUUUUGGCUGUCAGCAGAAAUGGACACUCAAGAUGCUUACCUGCAUCUGACUUGGCUUAGAAGCUCUCAUCUGAGGAAAGAAAGCAGUUUCAGCAACUUGAUGUUUAUCAAAGCCAUAAAAAUAAGCCUGAUGAAAACUGGCAGCACAUUAGUUAAACUUAGAACGAUGGAAGCUUGGUUUUAGGAGUCAGCAGCACGACUGCAAAAUCUGUAUAACAGAAAGCCUGUUGGUGGAACUAUUGAUGCAAAAUUAAUUCUAAAUAAACUGCCACUACAAAUCCAUGCAUGUGAAGUUCCCAACAUGACACUCAUCCCCAAAAAAGCUGCAUCCAUCACACAUGAGAUAAGGCAGGAAAAAAAUCCUACUACAACCGAGCUUUAACAUCGUUUUAAAGGGAAAGGUUAAGAAACCAAGUCUGUCUCCGCAUCAUCCAUGUCCCGGAAGAUAAAACUGUCAUUCAAGACAUGCAAAUAUAUAUAUAUAUAUAUAUUUAUAGUUUUUGUCAUUUAAAAUUUGGGAAUGUGAGACUUUAAUACUAGGGGAAGGGCAUGAAAAGAUCAAACAAAAAUCCUCUUGUUUCCCCCCAAACAGAUAUUCUCAUAUAAAUUUGACAAAUAUUCAGUGAGACUAAUAUAACUCAAGUUUUUUUGUCUGUGUGAGCCAGUAAUUUUUUACAGCUUUUAAGUGUGUUGGGGAACUGUAAGAAAGUCUUUGACCACAAGAUGGCAGUAAUGUGUAACAUGUUUCAAUCUAAUUGAACAACAAAUUUAUGGAGAUAAGUUCAUGUCUUUGUUCAGUUUACUUAUUGCAAUGAAAAUGUAUUUUAACGGGAGUCCUGCACACCUCAGACUUGUUUCAUUUUGUGUUCAUAUAUACAAUGAUUUAUAAUGGUCAUUUGAACUCUGACAUUACAAUAUUUAACAUUACAAUGUUUAAUUAUAAUGAAUAAAUAGAAACUUGUAGUUCAUUCUGAUGCAUCUGCAAUGAGACUGAGGGGCUCAUUGACAUAUUUUUCUGAUGGAAACAACAGAAGACAGUAGAGCAUCAUGCAACCCUGAACCUAGCCUCUAAACCUUUUUUUCUUUCGAUGUUUGACAAUUUCAGAAAAGAAAACCUUUCAUCAUCCACAACUUUGAUGGCCCUACAACAUGCAAUAUGGCUUAAUACAUCUUAGCUUUCAUAACUGCCUCCUCUGGAGUGCUGGAGUUAUGGCUUUAACCUUUUAAUCAUGACACCUGUCUCAAAAAUGGAAAGAAAUGGAGGUCAGCUGUUUUCUAUUAUAAAGAAGCCCUGAAAUUCUUUAUAGGCUUGUCAUCACAGAGCACUGCCUCGUCCUUUAGUGCUUUCUAAAUGUUGUGUAUGUGUCACAAAACAAAGUGCAGCUUUAACUUCAUAAAUAUUCCCCUUAGACAGACAGAAUAUAUUUAUGUUGCUAAACUGCAUGCUCAGUCUUACACAAGCACAUGAUACUAAAUAUCUGUCUGAGAUGAUAGUUUGUGAAAAGAUUCUGGCUGUGAGGAGUUAUUUGUCUUUGAAAAACACGGCAACUAGUGCAUUAUGGAAACAAAUGGCAGCAAACUGAUAAAAACUAUUAACAGGAUUGUUUUGACCUGCUGUGGACUGUAUACCCUUACCAGUAAAGCCACUAAAUGCUGUUUUUAUGAGCAACCAAACUUGUAUUUGUGUUGUCAGAUUGCACCACAGCAGCUUUUCUUUAUUUUUUUUUAUUAAUUCUCAGAAGACAAGAUGAUUAAAAAAAAAAAAAAAAUCAGAUCACUGCUUGUUUUUUUGGUGGUUGUGUUAUUGAAGCUGGUUAAGUGCAAUGCAUUUUUUGUAACUUUGUGCAAACAUAAUAUUUUUCCAACAUGGACACUUGAUUGUUGCGUGUUUGAAUGACACCCUCAAGGCCAAAUGUCACGGCUUAUUCACAUCAUCUUACCGUCUGAAAAGUGUAAUUGCAGUUUGUUCAAAAGGCUUCUUCAUCAUAAUAAAUAAUCAUAAAAAAGACAAAAUUGUAUAAAAACUGCUAUUGUAUUUUAUAAAUAUAUGUAAAGUGGUAUGUACAUACUGCAUUUGUACCUAUUUGUUGCUUUCUAAAUAGAUGCCAAUAUAAAUCAAGGGUAAAACUGUAAAACCAUCUCAUUUUAAUAAAAAUGAAGAUGAACAUC